AUGUCCGAUUUACCUGUAGAACGUCUCGGAUCUAAGCAACCACCCUAUAAUCAUACGGAUGUGGAUUACUUUGGACCGCUUUACGUUCCGGUUCGCAGAAGCACUGAAAAAAGAUGGGGAUUCCUUUUCACCUGCCUCACCACCAGGGCUGUACACCUUGAGAUCAUACCAUCUCUGGACACUAGUCCUCGUGUCAUGGGCAUUGAACGGUUCAUUGCGCGUCGUGGUACACCAAGCACGAUCUGGUCGGAUAUCGGCACGAACUUCGUUGGUGCUGAAAAAGAAUUAGUUGCCUGCAUCAAGAGCUUGAAUGGCAUGGCUCUAACCAUUUUUACACACCAAGGUGUUACUUGA